AUGGAGCUCAAGGACAACACAGUUAUUGUGGUCCUUGGUGCCUCAGGCGACUUGGCCAAGAAGAAGACUUACCCCGCGCUCUUCGGCCUUUACCGCAAUCAAUUCCUGCCCAAAGAUGUCAAAAUCGUUGGAUAUGCCCGCACCAAAAUGGACCACGAGGAGUAUUUGCGCCGGAUCAAGUCGUACAUGAAGACACCUACCAAGGAGAUUGAGCAGCAAUUGGAGGACUUCUGCGGCCUUUGCACCUACAUCUCAGGCCAGUACGACAAGGAUGAGUCUUUCCAGACUCUCAACGAUCACCUCGAGAAGCUCGAGGAGGGCCGCUCCGAGACCAACCGUGUCUUUUACAUGGCGCUGCCUCCCAGUGUCUUCACAAUCGUAUCGCAGCACCUGAAGAAGAACUGCUAUCCCUCCAAGGGCAUUGCUCGUGUCGUCGUCGAGAAGCCCUUUGGCAAGGAUCUGGCUAGCUCGCGUGAACUCCAGAAAUCGCUUGAGCCCGACUGGAAAGAGGACGAGCUUUUCCGCAUUGAUCACUACCUUGGCAAGGAGAUGGUGAAGAACAUUCUCAUCCUCCGCUUUGGCAACUCAUUCCUGGGCGCCACUUGGAACCGUCAGCACAUCGACAACGUCCAGAUCACAUUCAAGGAGCCCUUUGGCACCGAGGGUCGCGGUGGCUAUUUCGACGAGUUUGGUAUCAUCCGAGACGUCAUGCAGAACCACUUGCUGCAGGUGCUGACCCUCUUGACGAUGGAGCGUCCCAUCUCAUUCAACUCGGAGGAUAUCCGCGACGAGAAGGUUCGCGUUCUCCGCCACAUGCCCGCCAUCGAGCCCAAGAAUGUCAUUAUCGGCCAGUACGGCAAAUCGCUCGACGGGAGCAAGCCCUCGUACAAGGAAGACGACACCGUUCCCCAGGACUCGCGAUGCCCGACCUUCUGCGCUCUCGUUGCCUACAUUAAAAAUGAGCGCUGGGACGGCGUGCCUUUCAUCAUGAAGGCUGGCAAGGCUCUCAACGAGCAAAAGACGGAGAUCCGGAUCCAGUUCAAGGACGUCACAUCGGGUAUUUUCAAGGACAUUCCCCGUAACGAGCUCGUCAUGCGCAUCCAGCCCAACGAGAGUGUCUACAUCAAGAUGAACUCGAAACUCCCCGGCCUCAGCAUGCAGACCGUUGUCACCGAGCUGGACUUGACAUACCGCCGCCGUUUCUCUGACCUCAAGAUCCCCGAGGCUUACGAGUCGCUGGUCCUUGACUGUCUCAAGGGUGACCACUCCAACUUUGUCCGUGACGAUGAGCUUGAUGCCAGCUGGCGCAUCUUCACACCCUUGCUGCACUACCUGGAUGACAACAAGGAGAUUGUCCCCAUGGAGUACCCCUAUGGAUCUCGUGGCCCUGCAGUGUUGGACGACUUCACUUCAUCUUACGGUUACAAGUUCAGCGAUGCCAGUGGUUACCAGUGGCCCACCUCGACUACUCAGCAGCAGAACAACAACAACAACGGCAGCGGCAACAAGUUGUAA